AUGUUUACAUAUAAUAUUAAUUAAUCAUUUAUAAUGUGAAUCUGUUAAUUUUUAUAAAAGAGCAAAAAGGUAAAAAUUAUUUCUUGAAGAUUAAGUAUACUUACCCAUAACUUCUUGUUUUGCAAAUUUUAAUUCAAACUUUGCAUCAAAUUAUUAAAUCAAUUCAUAGUUUGAUAAUUUGAGACAAGAAUUGAAUAAUUAGAAAAUUGGUCAGCCAAGAUUAAAACUGAAAUUUGCACGAUCUUUUUAAUUAAAAAGGUUAUAAAAUGUUUGAUAUUAGUAUAAAUAACUGAUAAAUAAU